CAACCGAUAUCUGUCUUUCCAUCAUGUGACAGAUUUUAUUUUCAACGCCAUGGCAGUUUGGACGGUCUGUUAUUUAAUGAAGCCUUUGACUCUGAGAGCGUCGUAGAAGAACGGAUAUUGUGCGGAGAACGUUGCUACCGUCACUCCCUUUGUAACAUGCUGCUGUACAACCCAACGUCCAAACGAUGCCGCCUGUACAAGUCGUUCGUCAACACAGGAGGAACAGAGGACACGGGCUGGCAGUACUAUGCAGCUGAAUGCAGCCAUGUACGCUUGGAGAAUGCCGUGUCGCUGUCAGUUGUAAACCAGACUGUGGACGUUGCCUGUCGAAGUGGGUUCACCUACCUGCUGUCUCCUCCUUUACCCUGCCCUCUUGGCACUGGAGUCCUUGACAUAGGAAGGUGUGCUCAGACACUUUGGACUGAUCAGGUGACUCCAUUUGUUACUGAUCUGCCUGCACCGUUAUCCACUGGGGCGGAGAUAAGAGUGAGAGGUUCUGGUGAUGGAGGGAGCAGUACAGGCAUUCUCUUACAAGGGACUGAGGCUGGUAACACUGUGUUCCUUCUGGCCAUCCGCUGGUCAAGACUUGACGCAAUCUUCAAUACAGAAUCUUCUGGCUCCUGGGGGUCUGAAAUUGGGCCAUCCGGCUUCAUCUUUUCUCCAAACGUGGUGUUCGAUGCCCUCGUGCGAAUAACAACAACCAAGUUCAUGAUUUUCAUCAAUGGCAGCAACUUCUAUGAAGCCCCAAUACGGAUUUCUGUGCAGAAGGCCGCCAUUCUUCGGGUCAGUUUCAGUCGCAUUGACUCAGUGGAAGUGAAAUACCCAUGAGACAUUUUUCUUCUUGUCAGCGAGCCUAUUAGCAUGAUCCAGUCAGUCGCCUCUUACGACGACAAGGGUUACUGAAGAUUAAUUCUAACCCGGAUCUUUCCUGUUGUCUCAAAAUAAUGAAUGAUGUUAUGCGCAUUAACCUAUGUUAUUACAUACCAACAAACAAGAAAGAAAUAUUAUAAGUUGUUCACUGGUACCUCGGGGGGCAUGGGUUGAUGCACCCUCUAUGUUUGUUUA